UUGGAGCCGUGUCGGCUUACGCCUGGUAGAUUUUGUCUGGAUCUGAUCCGAUAUGGAAAGACUAAACAGAAUUUCAAACGCGACGACUGGUUGUGUGUGUUUGACGUGCCAAAGAGCCUGAACAUCACUUUACGGCAACAGUUAUGUCCACAGUGGCUCACAAGCUUAAUGAAUAUUCUGUCUGGGUCUACAGACACAGAAAAUGAAGCUCUUCAACCUGGCACAGUCCUGGUGCAGCUGCUGCUGUGGUUCCAUUCCCUCAGGAGGCUUCUGGAGUGUCUCUACGUCAGCGUCUUCUCUGAUGGCGUCAUCCAUGUGGCGCAGUACGUCUUCGGACUGGGCUACUACGUCCUGCUGGGGCUGACUGUGCUCUGCUCAGACCGCCUAACGAAAGGGAACGGAACUCUCGUAUUCCAGUUGGAGUGGUUUCACGUUGCAGGAAUUGUGCUUUUUAUUCUGGCUUCUGUGCUGCAGCAUCAGACCAUGGUCCUUCUGGCUAGACUUCGCACUGGGAAGUCAGGAAAGGUGGAGACGCUGGGUCACAGGGUGCCAAAGGGAGGCUGCUUUGAACUGGUGUCAUGCCCUCAUUACUUAGCAGAGUUGCUCAUCUACGUUUCCCUGGGUUUAGUUUUGGGAGGCCGGUCUCUCACCUGGUGGCUGGUGGUCCUGUACGUGCUCUUCAACCAGGCGCUGGCAGCACUGCUUUGUCACGAUCUCUACGUCAGCAAGUACGAGUCCUACCCAAAGCAAAGAAAAGCUUUUAUACCCUUUUUGAUGUGAAGUAAAAUGAUGUGUCCUGUACUGUUGGAAGUGUGUUUUUUUUAUUGAAUGCGUAUUUCAACGAGUACCCUGUAAAGCAGAGGUUUCCAAAGUGCAACCUGGGGCUCUUUAAUGACCCCCACCUCGUUUCUUCUUGGUGCGCAGCAUGAUAGAAACAUAAAUAUGUGUAACACAACCUGCAUUGCCAUAUUAUAAACGAGGAUUGGGGCUACACUGAAAUGAAAACAAUGUAAUGGAAAAAAGACUAAUAAGCUACUGUAUCAUACUGUACUACACAAUUUCCUUUGUUAUGCAUAAUACUAAGCUAUAGCACCAAUGUGUGGUAUUUUUCUGCUUUGCAUAUCAUGACCUAAAUUGGAUUGGUUUUACUUAUCAAAUUUUAUUGUAUUUCUUUGAAGGGUCAAAACAAUUCCUGCAUCCUUCUAGUUUUACGUGGAAAAAAAAAUUGAACGGACAAACAUGCCUGCAAUUAAUAGUUACUGAUAGAUCAAUAUAGUGUACUGUUUUCAUCUUAUGGGGGAAGUUGGUUCAUUUUAAAUACAAUAUGUAACGGUGCAAGAGCAAAAAAAAAAAAGCAAGCAAGAAAAAAAGGUAAUAUAGUAUAUGUAUUAUACACUGUAAAAAAAAUCCUAUUUUUAUGGUUAAUUUACUCGAAAUUUCUGCUGUAAUUUUUCUAUUUUUUUAAAUAGUUUAUAAAACUGUAGAAUUGAAGACAUUAUCUGUAAAUAAACAAUCCGCCUGUUAUUUUAAGUAAUGUGCCAGUAAUGACAAACUACAGUAUGUAUAUUUCUAUUGUUUUUUACAGAAAAAUACCAAAUUAAUUAUACAUAGCAUUUUCUGUUUUCUUAAAUUACUUUCAAAUUCAUGUAAAAUUACAGUAAUGAUCUUUCAUUAAAUAUGUACCUUGUUAUAUAAAAGUCGAUGUCCAUACUAACAAUCUAACUAAUAAAGGUAUUUUUCUGCAGAACUGUUUGCAUCGUCACUUUAUUAAAGGUGGUUGAUCUUAACAAUUCAGAAAAAAUCUGUGAAAUAAUGGUAUUUUUCUGUGGAACUGCCAGCAUUGUCACUUCAUUA